AUGGCCGAAAGUAGCAAAGGAGACAAUAGACAAAGUAUUGUGCGUAUAUCGGAUAUCGUGAAAGAUCCCUGUCAGAUAUUAACGCCUAUCGGUGGUUACGACGAAGUACCACUUGUUCCACUUGAAAUUGCUGUCGAACCUCUAGUACAUUUAGUACCUAAUAUUCAAAGCUAUGCACACACUGCCAAACAACAAUGCAAAAAACCUCCACCCGAUGGCAUGACCAUCGAUGAAUCGGCUUCUAUUAUGCUGUAUACUAUGGGAUGGAAGCCACUGGAUAAAUGCCUCUAUGCUGCAUUGAAUGCAACCCUUCGAUCCGAAGAUAGAAAUAAACUCGAACCGUGGUUUCUCUAUCUCAAACUCUUUCUUACUGCUUUAUCACAAAUCUCAUCGGAACAUAGACUUCUUUUUCGUGGCAUCAAAGCAGAUUUACAUGACAAAUAUCCCAAAGGAAAGACUAUUGUAUGGUGGGGCUUCUCAUCCUGCACUGUUUCUGUUGAUGUUUUGCAAUCAGACCUAUUUUUGGGUACCACAGGAACAAGAACUAUGUUUACUAUUCAAUGUGAUUCGGGCAAAGAUAUAAGUAAACAUUCUUACUUUCCACACGAGGAGGAAGUACUACUUAUGGCUGCAACACAAUUUACUGUCGUUGGUUGUCUCGACCAAGGUAACAAUCUCUAUACAAUUCAACUGAAAGAAACGAAACCUUCUCAUCCUCUUCUACAAUCAAUAACGAAUCAUUCCAAAUCGAAAAAACCAUCUGCAAUGAAAAAUGAUGAUCAUUCGAAUGAAGUUGAACAUACGGAAUUUUGUCGUGAUGGUGGCCGUUGUGAAAACAUGGAUGAUGACCAUUUAAAAGCUUAUCAACAUGUGCCUAUAUGUAAAUAUCGUCGUCAAUGUCUCGAUUAUAAUCGUGGAUCACAUGAACAUUGUCGAAAUUUUCGUCACUGUAUACCAAUGUGUCGUUUUGGUCAUUUUUGUGUAAAAUUUCAUGAUGAAAAACAUUUAAGUGAAGAAAAUCAUCCGUUUCAACCACCAUGUUCAUUGACUCCAUUCCAUUGUCGACAAUAUAAUAGUGUAUGUGACACAAAAAAUAUUAGAUCAUUACCAAUUGAUGUUCAAAACCAUUGUCUACAAUAUUCACAUGUAUGCCGAUACGGUCGUCAAUGCUAUGAAACAGCGGAUAUACAUUGGAAAACUACAAUUCAUGUUGCACGUAAUGCUUGUUUAUUGGGUGAUGAUUGUACAGAGAUCGAUCAAGAAAAUCAUUUAAAUUCAUUUUCACAUCCAGGUAUAGCUGAUAUUCGUCGAUUUUGUCCUUAUUCAGCGCAUGAUUGUCGUGAUAGACGAAAACUUGAACAUAUUAAACAAUUUCGACAUUUUGGAAAUCAUGAUCGUAGUGGUGUUAUUGGCUGUUUUGGACAAAAUAAAACAAUCAAUUUCGUUAAAAAUCAAGAAAGAAUGAUUCAAGCUAUAAAAAUAUAUGCAAAAAGUUUAAAUUCAAGAGAUACAUUAUCAAUUCCAUUAGAAAUUCAAAAGUGGAUUAAAGCUUUACAACCAAUUCAUCGAUGUUCAAAAAUUAUUUUUGAAUCAAUACUUGUUCAUGGUCAUGUUAUGUCUCGUGAACAUAUGGACCAUUUGAAAAAACCAUCUUUUGUUUCUCAAGCUGUUCAAGAACAUAAACGUGUACGAGCAAUUUUUGAUCGUUAUAAAACGCCAACAAUAGAAGAUCAUGCUAAAGAAUAUAUUCGAGCCAUUGUUUCUUCAGACUAUACUAAAAGAUACGGUGCAAUUACAGCAGCUGGAGCAGGUACUGGUGAUUCAUUAAUGUCAACUGGAUCUGAUGAUUAUGAUGAUAUCAUACGUAAAAAAGAAAGAAUCUUCCAAAGUUUAAUCAAGCCAGAAGAAAUUGAUACAAUAAAAAAAUGUGCCCUUAAAAUUGCUGAAGCUUCAUGGAAUCUUCAUAGUUCUCCAUCGGGUAUUGGAUAUUCAAAUGAUAAAGAAUUAGGUACUGAUAAACAUGUUUUUAGUGUUCUUGGACCACAUCUUGGACAUUACUAUGGAGAUAUUAUUCUUGUAUUUAAAAGUGAAGUAAUGCAUCAUCCAGAUGCUAAUUUUUCUCCUCAAGCAGCCACAUCAUUCUUGAGUGGAAAUACAUAUGGAUUUCGACCAUGGGUCAAAGAUCCAAGUGCACGUUCUGCAAGGAUACAAUGUUUUCAUGAAUCAAAAUUACAUUGUGCUAUACCAGGUUAUGAAUAUGUAGCGGCAGCAGAACUAAUAGCUGUGUCAGGAUUACAAAAGAAAACCAUGAAUGUUGAUCUGAACACCAUUAUAAAUCGUUGGAUGAAAACUGAUUCACAUCAAGUAUUUGAAGCUCAUUUACCACGAUUAGUUCCUCUUGAUUAUAUUGAAGAAGUAUAUAUACCAAAAAAUCUUUUUGCUUCACUAACUUCAGCAGCUCAAGAAUCAGCUAUAAAAGUUUUUCGUGAUGGACUUCAUAUUACAAAUCAUAAUAUUAAUCUUAACGAUAGUAGUAGUGGAGUUUCACCUUUAACGGAUAAAAGUCGUUCUGACUAUCAAGAUUUUGUAAUUGGUACAUUGAUGAAAAAAAUCGAAAAACGAAAGGAACAUGAAAGCCUUUGUCGUGGCAUUGUUCUUACUUUAGCACCAAGUCAAUUUACAGAUCAUAUUGUUUUACCAUUAACCAUAAAUGAUGCUUAUGAUCAAUAUCUACGAAUUUAUAAACCAAGUUCGAAUUCUGAUGUUAUAUAUAUUUAUUGGGAAGCAAUGUGUGGUGAUAUGAUGGUGACGCUUUCAGAUGAACCAAUUAAUCCUGAUAAGAGUCAACCACAUAUUCGAUGUCUCGUUUGUUAUAUUGCCGAAAGACCAUCAUCAACAAUAACAACAACAACGACCACUUAUAAUGAAUCAUAUUCAUAUUUAAAUGCUGGUGAACCAUAUCGACAUGGUAUUAUUAAGACUAAUGGUAAAUGUUCAAGUAGUUCACGUACAUUUCAUCGUGGUUGUAAUAUGGAAGAAUUUUCAAUGUAUUGUCUUAAAAUUGAAAAGCAAACAGGUCAAGUAACACUUUCACAUGCUGGACCAAAUAGUAUUUAUUGUUAUGAAACAAUAACAUGUAAAUUUUCUAAAAUGUCUCUUGAUUUAAACAAAUUACAAUAUGUUCAUGUAAGUGCUGGUUCACAAAUAGUGCCCAUCCGAAACUUGAUGAUUAGUUUUGAACAGAUUUCCGAUUUACAUCCAUCAUUUGAUAUGAAUUUUAAACGAGGUGAUGAGGCUUUUCCUCGUAAGAAAAAAACUCAUGAUUAUGAUCGUUUGACAUCUUCAAAAAUACCACAAUUAUAUAGUGAUAAGAUUCUAUCAACGAAGUAUAAAACUGCAAGUUCCACUGAUGAUUCUAUUGAUUAUGAUAUCGAUGGUAAAAGUCUUGAUCCAUGUCCUUAUUCAAUCAAUUGUCGAUUACAAGAAUCGCCGAAACAUAUGAAAGAAUGUUCUCAUCCGUGUCCAUAUUCUGAACUUUGCCGUAGUAAAGACAAAGAACCUCAUCUUACUCAUAAACCUCAUCGAGUAGAACAAUGCUUACUCAAGAGUUCAUGUCAAAAACUUGAUGAUCCUUUUCAUCGAGUGAAGUAUCGACAUCCAGGUUAUCCUGACUUUCUUAUUCCAUGUCGUGAUGGUCAAUUAUGUCAUAAUAAAACAAUGGAUCAUCGAACAAAGUAUUCACAUGGCGAACAUAUUGAUAUAGCUGAAUAUAUGUCCGAUCAAACAUCCCAUAAACCAUCAUCAAAAUUUCAUUCUGGCUAUAAAGAUACAGGAUACACUCAUGCAGGUAGUCAUGAUAAACGAACUUCGUGUCGAUACGGAUCAGAUUGCUAUAAUCAAAAGGAUUCCGAUCAUUGUUCAAAAUAUUCACAUCCUGGAGAUUAUGGGUCUAAACGUUUGGCUAGUUCAAGUUUUAAACGCACACCUUGCCAUUAUGGAGACAAUUGUUGGGACAAAAAUAACUAUCAGCACCGUUCAGAAUAUUCACAUCCUGAUGAUGAAUGA